AACUGAUACCAAACGGCGAUUGUUGAUUUGGCUAUAAUCGCGUAAGCCGUGUCCAAGUCAAUGAAGUAGAAGAACUAUUUGUUGUUCAACUCUACAGCGAUAAUUUUCUGCACCAGGAAAAUGUUUGCCUAGCAACCAGAAUGCCCAUCUGCAAAGAGUCACUUGAGCAGAUGCAAGGCGCGUGUAGAAAGCUGCUCAAAGAGAAUAUCUCCUUUGCUGUGCGCAAUAUUGCCAAUGGAGAGUUGGCUGCCGUGGCGAUUAAUCAUCUAAUAUGCUCUCAACCGGAAACCGCCACAUUUCUUGAUAAAACGCAAAAGACCGUUCCGCCGGCAAUGAAAUGUAUCCGAGAAUUUUUGGACCGCAUUGAAAUGAGUGUCGAUAUUCUUAAGUUGUGGCAAAUUGACUGUGUCUUCGAAAUCGUAUUCCUCUCUACGAGCCCCAAAUAUGCGAAACGAGGACUGGCGAGCUCACUCUCGGAGUAUUCCAUUGAGUAUGCGCGUCGUCUGAAGCUGGGCACACUGCCGCCAGAAGAUUUACCAGCAGCACAUCUGCGUGAACUCAAGCCCAGCGCUGUUUGCUCAAUAUUCACAUCGAUUUACACACAACGCAUCGGACGUAAAUUUAAUUUUGAGAUUUUAAACGAACUGCCAUAUACAGAUAUCACCUUCGAAGGACACACAUUUGCCGAACGCAUUGAUCCUCUGCAUAAGUGUUCGACAUUUGAAGCUUUGCGGCUGUAAAAAGUUGGGGAAGGAGCAUCAAUUGAGAUUUCUAAAUUGAAAAUUAACUGGGAGUGGAGAAGCUUGUAAUUUGGAAUGGAAUAAAGUUGAUUUUAACUAAAGUUUUCAUACAAAUACAAUAGAAAUUCAAAUUUA